AUGCAACAAGAAUGCAUCUUGGGCGACGAGACCGUCGACACAACCCCGGACCGUUCAAGACAAUCAACACCGCAUCCACCCCAGGAACGCAGAUACUCAUAUAAAAUGACCUACAAAAGGAAUCGAAAUCCGUGCAUCAGAUGCCGCUCCUCAAGGUGGCGCUGUUCAAUGCCCAACGGACAAGCACCCUGCGAAAGGUGUGCAGCAACCGGGGAAAAAUGUGUCCCCAAGUAUCCCGGUGAGGCCAAGCGUAAGAGAGGACAAGCUCCUGGAGCAUCCCGUGGGGCUCAAUCUUCGAAUGAGAAUGUGCCCGCAAUGCCAGUACAACAUGGUCAACGUGAUCACCAUGCGCAGGAGUCGAAUUCCUCAAUGGUGCAUCCUGCUCCUCAGCAACCUGCGACCGACAAAUGUAUAAGAUGCGAAAGGCUUGGACUCGAGUGUCUGCCGGGCAAUGGGAUAGUGUGUGGAGAGUGUCGAGCAAGGUACACACGGUGUACUCGGGUAGCACUGCCUGUUGAGAUGCCAGAUCCGCCUGCCACCAAAUCCCCUGAACGCGAAGAAAUUGCAUCUGUCGAGAGAGAAGCCGUCUCCGAUGUGGAAGAUACGUCGAGUGACACUGACUCUAGUUCGGACGAAUCUUGCUUCAUCAAGGCCGAGCCAGCUGAGAGUCCACGACUCAAUGGUGGUGCGGACACGUUGGAUGAUGACACCCGUCGCUCUAUCCACCCAGAUGCUAUGGACUGGUUGCUCCAUGAGGGCUCAUCUACACAAGAAUCGAGAUCGCGAGAUCAACAAACGGACCCCACACGUUCAAAUGUUUGUGCUGGACAGGGGUCUAUCAAUGCGCCUCUUUUCGAGAGCAAUCAAUCGGCCUUCUCCGUGGAUCCCUUGUGCAAACAGGAACUGGUCGACAUGUGGACAAAGUGCAAGUUCUCUCAAACUUUGGCGCCACUGUCGAAGAUCGUCGACCUUGAUUUUGCCGCCCGCGAUACUCAUGAGCAACUGCUCAAAAGAGAUCCAAUGUUAGGAUGCUCUCUCCUGGUUAUAUCCUCUCGUUUUAUGAAACUUCCCGGUCCCGGCGGAUUGCCACGCAGUCACUACAUCCACGGCAAGCUGUGGAAGUAUUGUGAGGAGUUCAUUCAACACAUUCGAGACUAUGCCAAAUCGCAAUCUCGAGUCUUGGGUGCUAUCGAGAGUUUGCUCUUAUUGUCUGACUGGUUGCCUCGAGCUGCACAGGAAACAAUUGAUAUUUCCGCCGAAUGGAGCGGUGAACUAGUCUUUCCCGAGACCAGGAGUCCUGCACAGCACCAGGACGGUGAGAAAUGGCGCCAGAUCAAGUGGAGAGAAGAGAUUUUUGACCCUGAGCAGCGGUCAGAGAGGAUGUCCCGGCGAUUGAUCCGAGCUGCGGUCAACAUUGCCCGAGUCUCGGGCGUCUUCAUCGAUAGCGCUCCACCAUCCUCGGAUGCUCAGCCCCGCCACACAGAUAGAGUUUCUCGCGUGAGGGACAUGCUCUCUAUCUACCAUCCCACAAUCGCCAGCCAUCGAGGUCCGCGUUUUCCGGAAGGUGGUCUGCAGAUGGCGUUGUUCGGCUCGUCUGACGUCCGAAGUAUCAAGCCUACGAGCGGCUCGAGUCACAUUGGCUUUCAGCGUCGAGUCAAUGGCAUGAGCGAUUCAACAAACAGGCUGCCGUCUCUUUCUUUUGAUCGAAUACCAUCACAUGCGGGCAUGCGGGCAUGCUUGCAUGCUCUCACGAUCCACGCCUUGGUACAAAGAGUGCUAUCGCACGGCGGCAGUGCGAGACCCAUCCGGUGCUCUGAAUAUAUUGACGACUCGGUUGGGCUGUUCCCUGUGGGCCAGAACCACAUCGAUGAGGUGAAGUUCAAUACCUCUCGCAUCUUUGAACUCCUAUUGUCUUCAAAUGGGGCGCUUUGCGCUGGCCCGCCAUUUGCGUUGGCAGUGGCCUCUUGCGGACGGCCUGCCACGUGA